AUGUCUGGGAAGAUCAUCAACACCACGGCGAGCCUGAUUUUGGAGGAUGGGACGCGGUUUACGGGCAGCCUUUUCGGAGCUAAAGUGUCCGUUUCUGGCGAAGUUGUGUUCCAAACGGGCAUGGUAGGCUACCCCGAAGCCCUGACUGACCCGUCAUAUCGCUGCCAGCUGCUUACCCUUACCUACCCGCUGGUGGGCAACUAUGGCGUGCCAUCAUCCGAAGAUGGAGCCUUUGGAUUGAGCAAGUGGUUCGAGUCUUCAAAAAUCCAUGCCGCCGCUCUCAUCAUUGGGGAGCUGUCGGAGAAUCCGAGUCACUGGAGCGCAGUCAAGUCCUUGGACCAGUGGCUCCAGGAGCAUGGAGUUCCUGGACUACAAGGUAUAGACACCCGCUGCCUGACUAAAAAGAUCCGCGAGAAAGGGACCAUGUUAGGGAAGCUGGUCCUGGAGGGAAUCCCUGAGGACAGCAUUCCCUUUGACAAUCCUGACAAGAGAAACCUGGUCCAGGAGGUGUCUAUGAAGGUACCGCAGAUAUUCAACCCCAACGGCAAUCUGCGGAUCACCGUGGUGGACUGUGGCAUCAAAUACAACCAAAUCCGCUGCCUGGCCAAGCGAGGGGCCCGCGUCAACGUUGUACCCUGGGAUCACCCGUUGGACAGCUCAGAAUUUGACGGUUUGUUCAUCAGCAACGGUCCCGGCGACCCGCUCCUCUGUCAGGCAACAAUCGACAACGUGCGGAGAGUUGUGGGUGUGGAUCACCCUAAGCCAGUUUUCGGAAUAUGCCUGGGACAUCAGCUGCUCUCCUUGGUCAUUGGAGCAAAGACAUACAAGAUGAAGUAUGGCAACCGUGGUCACAACCAGCCAUGCCUCCACAAGGGCACCGACCGUUGCUUCAUCACCAGUCAGAACCACGGCUUCGCGGUGGACCCCGACACUUUGCCGAGCGACUGGGACGUUCUCUUCACAAACGCCAACGACCACACCAAUGAGGGCAUCGUGCACAACACGCAGCCACUCUUCAGUGUCCAAUUCCAUCCCGAGCACAUGGCCGGCCCGACAGAUCUGGUCGGCUUGUUUGAUGUGUUUCUCGACACCGUCAGAGAUCACAAGGAGGGCAACGCUGGCAAAUCUGUGAAGCAGCGUCUGAUGGAUCAUCUCACCUACCUGGGCUCUCCCAAGCCUGAAGACAUGUCCCGACCGAGGAAGGUCCUCAUCCUGGGCUCUGGAGGGCUUUCCAUUGGACAGGCUGGCGAGUUUGACUACUCAGGCUCUCAGGCUAUUAAGGCUCUGAAGGAGGAGAACAUUCAGACAGUGCUGAUCAACCCCAACAUUGCUACGGUGCAGACUUCCAAGGGUCUGGCAGACAAGGUUUACUUCCUGCCAAUCACGCCAGCGUAUGUAACUCAGGUCAUCAAAAACGAGCGUCCAGACGGUGUCCUGCUGACGUUCGGCGGGCAGACGGCGCUCAACUGCGGUGUGGAACUGACCAAGCUGGGCGUGCUGGAGAAGUACAACGUGAAGGUUCUGGGCACACCAGUGUCCUCCAUCGAGAUGACCGAGGACAGGAAGAUCUUUGUGGAGAAGAUGGAGGAGAUCAAUGAGCACGUGGCGCCCAGCGAGGCGGCUUUAUCUGUAGAGCAGGCAGUGGCUGCCGCAGAACGCCUGGGCUACCCCGUGCUCGUGCGUUCGGCCUUCGCUUUGGGCGGCCUCGGAUCGGGCUUCGCCAACAACAGCGAGGAGCUGACGUCACUGGUCACGGCGGCUUUUGCGCACACCUCGCAAGUGCUGGUGGACAAGUCGUUGAAGGGUUGGAAGGAAAUUGAGUACGAGGUGGUGCGCGACGCCUACGACAACUGCGUCACUGUAUGUAACAUGGAGAACAUUGACCCACUGGGAAUCCACACCGGGGAGUCUAUCGUGGUGGCGCCUAGUCAGACGCUCAAUGACCACGAGUACAACAUGCUGAGAAACACCGCCAUCAAGGUCAUCCGCCAUCUUGGCAUUGUAGGAGAGUGCAACAUCCAGUAUGCGCUCAAUCCUGAAUCGGAACAGUACUACAUUAUCGAAGUGAACGCCCGCUUGUCCCGCAGCUCCGCCCUGGCCAGCAAGGCCACAGGUUAUCCUCUGGCGUACGUGGCAGCUAAACUGGGCCUUGGGAUCCCUCUACCGCAACUCAAAAAUUCCGUCACCAACUCAACCACAGCCAAUUUCGAGCCCAGUUUGGACUACUGCGUAGUAAAGGUGCCUCGCUGGGAUCUGAGCAAGUUCUUGAGGGUCUCCACUAAAAUCGGAAGCUCCAUGAAGAGCGUUGGUGAGGUCAUGGCUAUUGGCCGCAGCUUCGAGGAGGCCUUCCAGAAAGCUCUGAGGAUGGUGGACGAGAACUGCGUAGGGUUUGACCACACCAUCAAGCCUGUCUCUGAACAAGAGCUUCAGACGCCUACUGACAAGCGCAUAUUCGUUCUGGCUGCCGCGUUGCGCGCCGGCUACACUGUGGACCAACUGUAUGAGCUGACUAAGAUUGACCGCUGGUUCCUACACAAGAUGAAGAACAUUGCCGACCAUGAGCGACUACUAGAGAUGUACAACCAGGAUGAGAGCCUAAUGCCGCCCGAGGUGAUGCGCAAGGCCAAGCAGCUAGGCUUCUCCGACAAGCAAAUCGCGCUGGCUGUUCAGAGCACAGAGUUAGCAGUGAGAAAGCUGCGCCAAGAUUGGUCCAUCCUCCCUGUGGUCAAGCAGAUCGACACGGUGGCGGCGGAGUGGCCAGCCUUCACCAACUACCUGUACCUCACCUAUAACGCCGCCCAGCACGACCUGAGCUUCAGCGACCAGCACGUCAUGGUGAUCGGAUCGGGCGUGUACCGCAUCGGCAGUAGCGUGGAGUUUGACUGGUGCGCGGUCGGCUGCAUCACAGAGCUCCGGAAGAUGGGCUACAAGACUAUAAUGGUGAACUACAACCCCGAGACAGUCAGCACAGACUACGACAUGUGCAACCGGCUCUACUUUGAUGAAAUCUCCUUUGAGGUGGUGAUGGAUAUCUAUGAAAUGGAAAACCCAGAGGGCGUGAUUCUGUCUAUGGGAGGCCAGCUGCCCAACAACAUUGCCAUGUCACUGCACCGCCAGCAGUGCCGCAUCCUGGGAACCUCACCUGAAUUCAUCGACUCGGCGGAGAACAGGUUCAAGUUCUCCAGAAUGCUGGACACCAUCGGCAUCAGCCAGCCGCAGUGGAAAGAACUCUCUGAUACUGAGUCAGCGAUAAGGUUUUGCGAGAUGGUGGGCUACCCGUGCUUGGUCCGACCGUCCUACGUGCUGAGCGGAGCCGCCAUGAAUGUGGCUUACUGUGACGGCGACCUGGAAACGUACUUGAGCAAUGCCGUGGCUGUCUCCAAAGAGCAUCCCGUUGUCAUCUCUAAAUUCAUACAGGAGGCCAAGGAAAUAGACGUAGACGCGGUGGCGUGCGACGGCGUAGUGAUGGCUUUCGCCGUGUCCGAGCAUGUAGAGAACGCCGGCGUGCACUCGGGCGACGCCACGCUCGUGACCCCCCCUCAGGAUCUCAACCAGAAGACCAUCGAAAGGAUCAAGAUGAUCGUCCACGCCAUUGGGCAAGAACUGCAGGUCACAGGACCUUUCAACUUGCAGUUAAUUGCAAAGGAUGACCAGCUGAAGGUGAUUGAGUGCAAUGUCCGGGUCUCGCGCUCCUUCCCCUUCGUAUCGAAGACUCUGGGAGUGGACCUCGUCGCGCUGGCGACGCAAGUCAUCAUGGGCGAGGAAGUGGAGCCUGUUGGCCUGAUGAGGGGGAAGGGCAUCGUGGGUGUUAAGGUUCCUCAGUUUUCCUUUUCACGGCUGGCUGGCGCUGAUGUAGUGCUCGGCGUGGAAAUGACAAGUACCGGUGAAGUGGCAUGUUUUGGCGAAAACCGCUACGAGGCUUACCUCAAAGCCAUGCUUUCCACUGGUUUCAAAAUUCCCAAGAAGAACAUUCUUCUCUCCAUUGGCAGCUAUAAGAACAAGAGUGAGCUGCUGCCCACCGUCCAAGCUCUGGAGUCGCUAGGUUACGAUCUGUAUGCUAGUCUGGGCACUGCCGAUUUCUAUACUGAACAUGGCGUCAAGGUGAAGUCAGUGGACUGGCCAUUCGAGGAGGAAGACAGCACGUGUCCCACCAAGGAAAAGCAGCGCAGCAUCAUGAACUACUUGGAGGAGAACCACUUUGACCUGGUGGUGAACCUCUCUAUGAGGAACAGCGGGGGACGCCGUCUGUCCUCCUUCGUCACUAAGGGUUACCGCACCCGCCGCAUGGCCAUCGACUACUCGGUGCCGCUCAUUAUCGACAUCAAGUGUACUAAACUCUUUGUUCAGGCUCUUCGUCAGAUUGGUCCAAGCCCGCCAGUGAAGACUCACAUCGACAGCAUGACAUCACAGACGCUCGUCCGUCUGCCGGGUCUUAUCGACGUCCACGUUCACUUGCGGGAACCCGGCGCCACACACAAGGAGGACUUUUCAUCAGGCACGGCGGCCGCCCUGGCAGGCGGCGUGACCAUGGUGUGCGCCAUGCCCAACACCUCGCCUGCUGUCACGGACGCCACCUCUCUGGCACUUUUACAGAAGCUCGCCAAAGCCGGAUGCCGCUGCGACUACGCGCUCUACCUGGGCGCCGCCUCGGACAACGCGGCCGUCCUGCCGGCUUUCGCUAGUCAGGCUGUUGGCCUGAAGAUGUACCUGAACGAUACCUAUUCCACCCUGAAGAUGGACAACGUCUCGCUGUGGAUGGAGCACUUUGAGAAGUGGCCCAAACAUCUCCCCAUCGUGGCACACGCUGAGAAGCAGACGGUGGCCGCCAUCUUGAUGGUGGCUCAGCUCUACCAGCGGUCGGUGCACAUCUGUCACGUGGCUAAGAAGGAGGAGAUUGUGAUUAUCCGGGCCGCCAAGCAGAAGGGCAUCCAGGUGACGUGCGAGGUGGCGCCCCAUCACUUAUUCCUGUGCGAGGACGAUGUGGCGGAGAUCGGCAACGGGCGAGCGCAAGUGCGACCCAUGUUGGGUUCGCGGGAGGACAUGGAGGCGCUGUGGGAAAAUCUGGACAUUAUCGACUGCUUCGCCACAGACCACGCUCCUCAUUCCGCGGAGGAAAAGGACAGCGACCAUGCUCCUCCGGGCUACCCCGGCCUGGAGACCAUGCUGCCGCUGCUGCUCACCGCCGUUAGCGACGGACGCCUGACUUUAGACGACAUCAUCCGACGUCUUCACGACAACCCGCGCCGCAUUUUUAACCUGCCCGUGCAGGACAACACCUACGUGGAGGUGGACUUGGAGCAGGAGUGGCAGAUUCCAUCUGCCAUGCAGUUCACCAAGUCCAAGUGGACGCCAUUUCAAGGCAUGAAGGUGAAGGGUAAAGUUCGCCGUGUGGUCCUGCGAGGAGAGGUGGCCUACAUUGACGGGCAGGUCUUGGUGCCGCCAGGUUAUGGCGAGGAUGUGAAAACAUGGCCUGUAGCUUCCGUCCUUACGCCUGAAAGCCCAAUGGUAAGAAGUACAAAUCCAGUCUAACAAUUGGUUGACGUUGACGUGAGCGUCGCUUCUAUUUAUCAGACCCCCGAGCGUCCUCGCCCGACCCCUCCCCGCGACGGUCUCGUGCGCACCCGAGCCGCCAGUCCCCGCCGUUCGGCCGGAGACGGUCGCUACUUACAGCCCGCUCGGGUUCAUCGCUCGUCCGACCCGGGACUGCCCCCAGAGAUGGUCAUGCUGCCACCCUCGGGCGUGGCCGAAAGCUACAGCCACCCGCCUCCGCUGUCCAGGUUGUUGUCGCCCCAAGCCAUACCAGGCCAGGCACCUGUUGCACAGCAAACCCACCCACAUGUGUCUCCCUUGCUGCAGCACCUAGUGGGCCAGCAUAUCCUGUCUGUCAAACAAUUCAGCAAAGAGCAGAUGUCUCAUCUGUUCAACAUUGCACACACGUUACGUUUAAUGGUUAAGAAGGAAGUCAGUCUGGAUAUACUCAAGGGUAAAGUGAUGGCGUCUAUUUUCUACGAAGUGAGCACUCGUACCAGCAGUUCCUUCGCGGCGGCUAUGCAACGUCUAGGAGGCUCAGUGGUCCACUUCUCGGAGUCCACUUCGUCCACGCAGAAGGGCGAGUCCUUGGCCGACUCUGUGCAGACCAUGAGCGGCUACGCAGACGUGCUGGUGCUCCGACACCCUGAACCUGGCGCUGUGGAGAGAGCGUCUCGCCACUGCCGCAAGCCCGUAAUCAACGCUGGCGACGGCGUGGGUGAGCAUCCCACCCAGGCUCUUUUGGACGUUUUCACCAUCCGGGAGGAGCUCGGCACCGUCAACGGCAUGACGAUCACCAUGGUUGGAGACCUGAAGCAUGGACGCACUGUCCACUCGCUGGCAAAACUGCUGACUCAGUACCGCAUCACGCUGCGUUACGUGGCCCCCAAGAACCUCCACAUGCCGGCUGAGAUCAUCGACUAUGUGGCUUCCAAGGGCAUUAAACAGGAGGAAUUUGAGAACAUUGAGGAAGCGCUGCCCGACACUGACGUCCUCUACAUGACCAGAAUCCAGAAGGAGCGGUUUGCAUCCGAAGCAGAGUACAAGGCUUGUUUCGGCCAAUUCAUCCUCAGCCCUCACAUCAUGACCGCAGCUAAGAAGAAGAUGGUCGUCAUGCAUCCGAUGCCCCGAGUCAACGAAAUCAGUGCGGAAGUGGACACAGACCCGAGGGCCGCAUAUUUCCGCCAGGCCGAGAACGGCAUGUACAUCCGAAUGGCACUGCUGGCAACUGUGUUGGGACGAUAA